ACGCCGAGCCCACGAUGCAGAUGUCGAUGUCGAUCUCGCCGGCGAUGGAGCCGUAUCCUCAGCCGCCGCCGGGCGUGGACUCGCCGCUCCUGACGUCGCCCGUGCAUCCAUAUACUCUGGCCGCUCUGGAGCAGCAGCACGCCGUUUAUUACCCACCGGCGGAGUACGGCGCGCCGGGCGAGAUGGAGAUGUACUGCGGGCCGCCGCCCGCGGGCUACGAGCAGUCGCCCAUCUCCCUGUACGGCGACGCGGGGGCGUACCAUGGCCAGCCGCCGUCGUACCACCCGAACGAUAAUAUGCCGUCCUUCGCCCAGGCGUACCUCGCCUCGUAACCCGGCCCUGUUGUAUGAUGAUGUGGUAAAAUUACUGUACUCCCUAAUGUAUCUUAUCGUUCUGUCGGACGGGUGAUGUAUCCCGCCUCCCAGGUUAUGUAUGCCGCUCGUUGACUUUACAAGUCGCCGCUCUUUCAUUUUCAUCCGCAUUUCCAUCGACAUUUGUACUCUAGAUAUGGCACGUUCGUGCGGGACUGUUGUUGCUGGUAUACCAUAGGAUACAAGAUACUUACGAAUUGUAUGAAACCGUUGACGCCGACCUGCGUAU